ACGUAGGCGGGGUUUGUUUCCAGGAAGUGAUCAACGUGACUACGGGCCUCACACGGACUGGCAUCACAUUGCUGCUAAACUCAACUUUUUGCUCGUCAUUCGCGCAGCUCACAUUUAAAUUAAACCGUUUCUUAAUCCACCAACAUGGGCGACGAUGUAGAAAAGUAUGAUGGCAUGUUGCUUGGUAUGGCCCAACAACAGGAAGGAGGAAUACAAGAGUUGGUAAACACAUUUUUCAGCUUCCUCCGGCGCAAAACAGAUUUCUUCACCGGUGGCGAUGCAGGUGCUGCAGAGAAGCUUGUCAAAGAUGUCGUCGCCCACCACAGUCAGUUGGCGCUGAAGUCUCAAAAAGAGAAGCAGGUGAAACAGGAGAAGGAGAAGAAGGCGAAAGCCGAAAGAGCCGCCAAGUUAGCCGAGGAGGAGGAGAAGAAAAAGAACAAUAACGACGGCCCCAGAAUUCAGGAGCUGACUGACGAAGAAGCAGAGAAACUUCAGUCUGAACUCGACAAGAAAAAGAAAGAUGAGGAGAAAAAGGAGAUCGUAACAACGAAUCCAGAGAAGUCACCCGACAAAGUAGAAAAAGAGAAAGGGUCUGAAUCCGAAGGAGAGGAGGACGAGAAGGACAAAGAUAAACUGAAGCCCAACGCAGGAAACGGAGCUGACCUGGCAAACUACAAGUGGACACAAUCCCUGUCUGAAGUGGAUCUCGUCGUGCCUUUUGACGUGAAGUUCCGCAUUAAGGCCAGAGACGUCGUGGUGGACAUCCAGCGGCGCUCCAUCAAGGUCGGCCUGAAGGGACACCCUCCUGUUAUUGAAGGCCAGAUGUACAGCGAGGUGAAGGUAGAAGAAAGCUCCUGGCUCCUCGACGACGGCAAAGCUGUUACAGUCCACCUUGAAAAGAUUAAUAAAAUGGAGUGGUGGAGCAAGAUCGUCACCACAGAUCCAGAAAUUAACACCAAGAAAGUUUGUCCCGAGAACUCGAAGCUGUCAGAUCUGGACGGAGAGACGCGUGGGAUGGUGGAGAAGAUGAUGUACGACCAGCGGCAGAAAUCUAUGGGCCUGCCUACAUCUGAAGAGCAGAAGAAACAAGACAUUCUUAAAAAGUUCAUGUCUCAGCACCCGGAGAUGGACUUCUCUAAAGCAAAGUUCAGCUGAGACUCGGCCGUGAAUCCACAUCAGGCUUCAUGUGCGUCAUGUCCGGACGCCACUCUCCGUGGUUUUGUUGACUUAACGUGUCUCUUAAGUGCAUAGCAAGUGUUUUUGUUGUCACGAUUACAAGGCCGGUGACUGAAACGCCCGCGUUCUCCCUUUGCAUGUCGUCUCAAUAUUUAAAGAUGUUUCUGGAUUUUAUAAAUAAACACAUUUAAAAGGAAAUGGAAUAUAUUUGAAUGUCA